AUGUCUUCCAACACCACUGCAUCUUCUUCUAGAGGAAUUAAAAGUGGCAGUAAAGAAGAUCUCCGUCAGCGUAAGAAGGCGUCCACGUCGUCGUCACUCUCUGGCUCCUCAACCCCAGAGAUUCGUGAAGCUGAAUUGGAUAAACGUGAGUCUCAUAAAAGAUCCAAGUUCAACGCGAAACUAGAAAGCAAAUCUUCCUUGGCUCAAUUGGAAUCAUGGCUUGCACCUUUGGUAUUCACAGUUCUUGCCUUUGCUGUCAGAUUAUAUCGUAUUUCGGCCAAUAACCACGUUGUAUGGGAUGAAGCCCAUUUCGGUAAGUUUGGUUCUUAUUACCUUAGACACGAAUUUUACCAUGAUGUCCACCCCCCAUUAGGUAAAAUGUUGAUAGGGUUGUCUGGUUAUUUGGCUGGUUACAAUGGUUCUUGGGAUUUCCCCUCUGGUGAACAAUACCCUGAAUACAUUGACUAUACUAAAAUGAGAGUUUUCCAAGUUGUUUUCUCUGCUUUGUGUACUCCCUUGGCUUAUUUCACCUGUAAGGAAAUAGGUUACUCUGUCAAGACUACUUGGUUGUUCACCUUGAUGGUCACCUUGGAAUUGUCCUAUAUCGUUUUGGGUAAGUUCAUUUUGUUGGACUCUAUGUUAUUAUUCUUCACCGUUGCUACUGUCUUUGCUUUCACUAGAUUUAAUAACUUCAAUACUAGUGAAUUGGAAUUCCUGAGAAAAUGGUGGAAAUGGUUAUUGCUUACCGGGUUCUCCAUUGGUUGCACUUGUUCCGUCAAAAUGGUGGGUUUGUUUGUCACCACUUUGGUUGGUAUCUACACCGUUGUUGAUUUAUGGAAUAAAUUGGGCCAAAAAUCCAUGUCUUGGAAAACCUAUGGUCAACAUUGGCUUGCAAGAGGUAUUGCUCUUAUUCUUAUUCCAAUGAUUAUUUUCAUGAUCUCCUUUAAAGUUCAUUUUGACUUGUUGUACAAAUCUGGGACUGGUGAUGCUACCAUGUCGUCUCUUUUCCAAGCCAAUUUACUCGGGUCAGAUGUUGGUGGUGAUGCUAGAGAUAUCAUCAUUGGUCAUUCUGUCAUUACUCUUAAGAACCAAGGUUUGGCGGGCGGUCUUUUGCACUCGCAUGUUCAAACUUAUCCUGAAGGUUCUAAGCAACAACAAGUCACUGUUUACUCCCAUAAGGAUUCUAACAACAAUUGGAUUUUGCAACGUCCUAGAAACUUACCUCCUUACGAUGUUACAAAAGAAAACCAAACCGAAUAUGUCAUUGAUGGUAAUAUCGUUAGACUUAUGCACACUUCAACUGGGAGAAACUUACACUCUCAUGAUAUUGCUGCUCCUAUUGGUAAAUCUUAUAAGGAAGUCUCCUGUUAUGGUAACGUAACCAUUGGUGACGACAAGGACCAUUGGCGUGUUGAAGUUGUUGAACAGUUUGGUGACGAAGACAGAAAGAAGUUGCAUCCUUUAUCUACCUCUUUUAGAUUGAAGAACGUUGUUAUGGAUUGUUAUUUGGCCACCUCUGGAAACAACUUGCCUGCUUGGGGUUUCAGACAAGGUGAAGUUACUUGUAUUAAGAAUCCAUUCAAAAGAGAUAAGAGAACUUGGUGGAAUAUUGAAAACCAUCAAAAUGAUAUUCUUCCACGUGCUGAUAAUAUCUCGUUACCUCGUACAUCUUUCUUUAAAGAUUUCAUUCAAUUGAACUUGGCUAUGAUGGCUACUAACAAUGCUUUGGUUCCAGACACUGAAAAGCAAGAUGAUUUGAGUUCAAGUGCCUGGCAAUGGCCCACAUUGAAUACCGGUAUUAGAAUGUGUGGUUGGGGUGUUGAAAAUGUCAAGUAUUAUAUGAUUGGAUCUCCAGGUACCACUUUGCCAUCUACUUUUGGUGUAUUGGCAUUCUUUAUUGUUGUAUUAUACUUCUUGUUAAGAUGGCAAAGACAAUUUGUUGAUUUCCCCACUACUCAACCACUCAGAUUGAAACAAUUCCUUAUGGGUGGUAUUUAUCCUAUGUUUGGCUGGGGUUUACACUUUAUGCCAUUUAUUAUCAUGGGAAGAGUCACUUAUGUCCAUCAUUAUGUUCCAGCCUUAUACUUUGCCAUGUUGGUUUGGGUUUAUGAAUUAGAAUUGUGGUCCAAUGCAAUCACUCGUUGUAGAGGACCUGUUUUGGGUAACGUCUUGCACUUUUUGUCAUAUGUUGGUGUUAUCUAUGCCUUUAUCCACUGGAGACAUUUGGUAUUUGGUAUGGACGGACCAAAGGAAAAGUUUCUGUACUUGGAUCUUUUCCCAACUUGGAGAGUUGGCAACGAUAACUACGAAUAA